AUGACGGAGGCGUACGGCGAGCUUCCCGUCGAACUUCGCAUAUUAGCAAGAGACGACCCCAAGAAGGUGAAGAGGAUGGCCGACAACUCCAAAGCUUACAUCGCUAUGCACAAAGGCGCCCUCGAAUCGAUGGAAGAACUUCUCGGCUGGACCUCGGCCAACAAAGCCCAGGUCGGCCAAGGGCAAAUUGGGACCCAAGCCAGCCUCCCGAAGUCUAAUGAGCGAUACAUCACCAUGUGGAAAAAGAUAUGCCGCCUGAGACGCGUAUUCCCGCCCAGUAUAAUGUCGCCCGUUAGGUACCUCGAGUACGACGCCACCGCCCGCGUGCAGCUCUCCGACGGCAAGACCAAGCCGGACCUGGUUUGGUUGUCGUCGUUCUGCGAGUCUCUGUCGAGGCUGGCGCUCGGAGGUUCGUGGGGAGACAGCAUGGAGCUUUUGGCAGCGUUUGAUAAUGACCAACCUACGAACAUGACGGAUAUGGAUUUCUAUGAAUCAGACGGAGAAGGCACAAGGAUCUACUUCAACAACGCCGACGAAGAGGUGCGGGAUGGGUCUGACGAUCACGCAACCACGUCUCGAAUGUAUAGAGACAUUAAUAGUGAUAGUGAUAGUGUAAUAGUGAGAGUGAUAGUGAGUAGUCCUUUGGGGGGUUAA